AUGAAGUUCUUGGCAGUGACUCUGUUGACUCUAGCAGUGGCCGCCUCCGCGAGGCACAUCACACUCGAAGAUGUCAUAGAAUUAGAAAAGAACAGUCCGUACGACUACAUCAAGAGUAUUGCUAUACCGUUAGCUGAUGAAGUCCGUAUAGCUGAGGUGGAAGGCAGACAGAAUCCAUCUAGAAUCAUCGGUGGUUCAUUUGCUGCUCUUGGACAAUUGCCGUACCAGGCUGGACUAGUAAUUCAUCUACCAAUAGGCAACGGUGUUGCCAGCGCAGCUCUUAUCUCCAAUAACAGAGUACUAACUGCUGCUCACAAUUUAAACGAUGGUGUAUCAAAUGUUCCGAGUGUAACCGUUGUCCUUGGAACUACCACUUUGCUGGGUGAUGGCGUAAGAUUUACCACUAGCGAUUUUGUUUUGCAUGAAAAUUUCAACCUUUUCCAGUUUAUAAGUGACAUUGCUAUCAUUAAUUUGCCAUCUUCAGUCGAAUUUUCAAGCGUCCUCGCUCCUAUCGCCCUACCUUCUGGCUCUCAACUUGAAGAGGACUUCGCUGGUGACGUUGGCAUUGCCUCUGGUUUCGGGAUUAACCCUAUACUGGGUGGUGUUGGUGUUAUCUCAAACCAACCUGUAAGCUACGUAGACUUGCCUGUGAUCUCGAACAAUGAAUGUGUACAAUUUUAUGGAUCUAUUGUUCGGCCUGGCGUAGUCUGCACAGGCAGUGUUGUUGGCAAAAAUAUCUGCACUGGUGACUCUGGUGGUCCUCUUGCUGUGCAAAGGAAUGAUAAACCACUCUUGAUUGGUAUUGUUUCUUUUGGAGCACCGGGAUGUUCCGGCGGUUCUCCUUCUGGAUACGCUAGAGUCAGCAACUACGUCGACUGGAUAAACGCACGCUUGUAA